AUGGCUCGGAUUCGGUACAGAUUCACUGAGGAAAAAAAACGUUGCUAUUUCAAGUGUUAUUGUUUUAGUUGCUUGUUUAUAAUUGUGGCUGCUAUUAUAAUACCUAUUACAAUAGCGCUUCUCAAAAAAGAUCUUCAAAUUACGUUCGUGGGGGUGAUACCAUCACCUGACGAAACAAUCUCGUAUGCAGAUAACAAUACUGCAUUCACUGCUAACGCGGGAUUUCUUCGGUUUAAUGUCUUCAAUUCUCUCAGCGUUAAAACAACUGCUAGGAUAAGCGCAAAGCUGUCUGUUGCUAAAUCGUAUAUUCUUUCCCUUACCCUUUAUUCCCGAAAGGCUUACUAUUCUUUUGGUUAUACGAACAAUUAUUUUUACAAAGACGAUUAUUUUGGAAUUGGCAGUCUAGACACACACCUGAAGGCUAAAUCCAAUACGACAAUAGAUGUGCCCUUCUCGAUCGACUAUAAUACAAAUAGAGAUUAUAAUCUGCCUAUCAUCAACGAUAUAAUCAACAAAUGUGGCUUCACUGGGAACAAGCCACUACCAUUGCAAAUCUAUUAUACGGUGAAAUUUACUCAGGAUAUAAUAGUAUUUAUAACACUCAGCGUGAAUGAUUGCAAUGGCUUCACAGACAUUGAUUGUCCAUUUAAGGAUGGAAAAGUGCCUCCAAUACCUGGUGUUUAUAUCGGUAAUUCAACAGCUAAAAAUUAA